AUGGUGAAUAUCAUUUCCGCAUCCCAAUCCGUUGUUGCGGCGUAUACCGCAACCAUCGCCCUGACUGGCAAUUACUCCUACCCAUUGACAAGCCUCGGAGAUCGAAUUUCAACCUUUUUCCUCCCCAAUUAUGUUUCCUUCGCUUUGGGGGAUAUGACCGUCAUGCCCAAUCGAUCUUAUGUCUCGGAGGGCUUCCAAGCAGAAUUGACCGAAUGGAGAGGAACCGGUCUCGGCUCGCAGGUCUCGAUCAUCGACUCGAUAAUUCAGCCGGUCUCGAACGAAAGCGCAUUAUGUUGGUUAACAUAUCACAUCAAACCCGAAAAUGGAAUGGCCCCUUGGGAUUGGACCAAUGUCUACAGUUACAGGUUGACGGAUGAAGUGUCUUCCACUGGGGUCAGAGGUGGAUUCGAGUUCAACAAUCAAGAUAACGAGAAUUUGCAGUAUGCGAAGAGAUUCCCUUGA